AUGGCGGAUGACGAAACCAUUCUAUCCGUUUUCGCUUCUGAUUUUCCAGCUUCGUGGAGGAAUAAUGAAGACUUUAAACGUUAUGUAGCUCAGAUGAGUUCCUGUUCUAUCGACAUUCUAGCUACCGAACCUGAACGCCUAAAAGAAGAAGAAGAAUUAAUUGGUCGUCAAACUCAAGAUUUAGCUUUCAACAAUUAUAAAACUUUUAUUAAAACGGCGGAGUGCACUAAUAGAGUCUUUCAAGAGUUUCUGCAGGUAGAGCAGCACGUCAACCUACUAAUCAAGUCGAUACCAGUUUUAAAAGAAAGUUGCCAUGAUUUUGUUAACGCAGCGCAGUCGAUUAACUUAAGCCGAAAGCAAAAUUCUGCCAUUUUGUCACGGCAUACGCAAUUACUGGAAAUUUUAGAAGUUCCACAGCUAAUGGAUACAUCGGUCAGAAAUUGCUAUUACGAGGAAGCUUUAGAAUUGAUCGAAUAUGUUAAAAGACUAGAAAAGAAGCUAUCUUCUAUUCCAGUUAUCAUGAACAUAGUAGAAGAUGUCAGAGCUUCAACUCAGUUAAUGUUGAAUCAAUUGUUACAACAACUUCAUGAUGAUUUACAACUACCGGCAUGCUUAAAAGUUAUAGGAUAUAUCCGUAGAUUAAAUGUUUUUACCGAACCUGAAUUAAGAAUUAAAUUCCUCCAAGCUAGAGAUACUUGGUUCAGGAAAAUUUUAGAUAAUAUUCCUGAUGAUGAACCUUACUAUCAUAUAAGCAAGACAAUCGAAGUUAGUCGGGUCCAUCUCUUUGACAUUAUCACCCAAUACAGAGCUGUCUUUCCUGACGAUGAUCCGCUGUUGUCAACUGGAUCUGGCAACCAAGCUAACAAAACUAAACCUGUUGCUAUUUUUUAUUGCUGGCUUAUUCAAAAAGUAAAAGAUUUUCUAUCCACAUUGGAUUGCGACUUGUCACGAGGUGUUGGUGGUCGCUUAGAUUCAUUGCUAGGCCAGUGUAUGUAUUUUGGACUAUCUUUUAGUCGUGUUGGAGCGGAUUUUAGAAAUUUGUUAGCACCACUUUUUCAGCGGACAGUAAUGAAAGGCUUUUCGCGAACGGUCGAAGAUGCUACAACUCAGUUUCAAGAUAGUUUAAAGUCUUACAAACUCGUUAGGCCGUCUACUGUUGUUGCUAGUAUGGUUUCUAAAUAUGAAAUUUCGAAACGUAAAGAAUCGGAUUUAUCACCCCCUAUGAUUCUUCUAGAGUUUGAUCCGUUAGCAGGAUACACAAACUCUGUCUUGGCUGCUUUCAACGAAAUUAGAUUAUGCGCUCCGGUAGCCAUUGCCCCAGCAGUAGCGAAAAAAUUGCAGGGGUCACUCGUUACUUGUGCAAUUACGAUAUGUGACUAUUAUAGGUUGGAAUCCACUACGUUAAAUCAAGAUGAAUUUAACCUCCUCACUCGGUUUUGUGAUCUUUACGCUAAUACAUUGGUUCCUUAUUUAGCUCGAUGUUUGAGCGCUUUAUUUUCUACAACAUCAAUUAAUUCAUUACUGGGUCAAACUGUGGCUCAACAGGAAGGAUCAGUAACGAAUGGUAGUGGAAGAAUUGAUGUUGAUGAAAUAUUCAAUGUAUUAAAACCAUUCCUGCCUCAAAAACCUCCCGUCACUGUUUAUCGUAAUAGUAGUCUAGAAAAUAUAACGAAAAAAGACUCAGUUGAUACAGAAUCCAAUGCAGUAAAAUCUUCAGAAUCACAUGCAGAAUCAGAUACAGUAAAGGUAUCAGAAUCGCCUAGAGAGGAUGUUGAUGAUAUUGCCACAACAUCGGAUGCUAGUGAGGAACACACACAUUCAGAUUAA